CUGAACCAACGGCAAGAUUUCUCCCUGAAGAUCGUUCGCUGCAAUGGCCAACUUUCUCAGUCAAGGAGAUUGUCCAACGAUUAAGAACCUACUUUUAUUGGAUUCGGAAGGUAAACGUGUUGCUGUCAAGUACUAUUCCGAUGAAUGGCCUACAAACAGCACAAAGCUUGCUUUCGAAAAGACAAUAUUUUCAAAGACUCAAAAAACGAAUGCUCGUAGUGAAGCUGAGAUAACAAUGUUGGAGAACAACAUUAUCGUGUAUAAAUUUGUUCAAGAUCUGCACUUCUUUGUGACUGCAAGUGAUGGGGAAAAUGAGCUGAUCCUGGCUAGUGUUCUACAGGGUUUCUUUGAUGCAGUUGCUCUUCUUCUAAGGAACAAUGUGGACCACAGAGAGGCACUAGAGAACAUGGAUCUGAUUCUUCUUUGCCUUGAUGAGAUUGUCGACGGAGGGAUUAUUCUUGAAACAGAUGGAAGUGUCAUUGCCGGAAAAGUAGCUAGUCACACUAUGGAUGACGGAUCACCAAUGUCCGAGCAGUCAAUAUCUCAUGCGCUCGCCACAGCUCGCGAACAUUUGACUCGAUCACUUCUGAGAUGAGUGAUAGGCACCCGCAGUCGUCUCGAACUACAUCUUCUUACACGUAAUUUCUGCAGCAUUACAAUUCAAUCAUCGGACAGGCAGAUUUGUAGCUUAUCUAAAGAGAAGAAAGGUCAUUCUUUUGUUGUUAAAUUCUGUUUGGUUUUGUUUUAUAUUUUUUUGCAAUAAGCUUAUGCAAUUCAUUUGAAUAAGAAAUUGUGAUUUUUGAGUCUCAGAAGAGCAUUUUGUUCGCCACAGAUUUGCUUGGUUUCAAAUUUUGAAAUUCAUACUACUAUAAUUGUAGUUUGUUUAUU